AUGACCAGCAACCCCAGUACGACAAUGUUCCGCGGCCUCCCCGUUAUCCCGGAUGAAACAUACAGCACGCAUGCGCCGCGCAGGAUUUCUAAAUUAUUUCUUGCUGCCGAAGUAGAAGAAGGUGCAGGCAUGCGUGUGCGACGUGGAAUCGGACUAGGAAAGUUGCGUCAUCUGAGCCCAUUCGUCAUGCUAGACCACUUCAAUAGCACUUUUGGUAACGACAUGGACGCAGGCGCCCCUGACCACCCCCACCGUGGACAAGAAACAAUAUCGUACAUCAUCCAAGGCGGCGUCGACCACGAAGACUUCGCCGGUAACCGAGGGACGCUCGAAGCUGGCGAUCUGCAAUUCAUGACCGCAGGCCGUGGAAUCAUGCACUCGGAAAUACCACGGAACACUGCUGAUGGUGAACCAAACGUCGGCAUGCAACUCUGGGUCGACCUUCCCAAGGAGCUAAAGUACUGCGAACCAAGGUAUCGCGAUCUGAGAGCAAAAGAUAUUCCCCAAGCAACAAGUGAAGACGACGGUAGAGUUCACGUAAAAGUGAUUAGUGGCCAGGCGUUUGGAGUUGAGAGUGCCAAGGAACUCUCAUAUACGCCGGUUUGGUACUUGCAUUUUACUGUGCAGCCAGGUGGGCGCUUCAAACAAUCCCUGCCACGGGGUUGGAACGCUUUCUGCUAUGUCCUUGAGGGCAGUAUCGCAGUGUCUGAUGGCGACAACAGCGGAGGCUUGCCGGCGCGGUCGGUUGACCAGUUCCACAUGGUCGUUUUUGAACAGGAGGGCGAUUCUGUCGAUGUUAGUGUCAAGGAUAAUGCGGACCAGGCAGCUAGUUUUAUCCUAGUUGCUGGUCUGCCACUUGAGCAGCCUAUUGUUCAGUAUGGCCCGUUUGUUGUUACGAGUAGGGAGGAGGUGGCACAAGCUAUCGCGGACUUUCGAACGGGGAAGAACGGGUUUGAGAGAGCGGUCAAUUGGAUGCAGGAUAUCAUAUCGUUCCGUGGCCUGGACUCGUUGAAGACGAGCAGCGAGAAUUCCAACGAGAUGGCGCGGCUGGCCGACAUCGAUAGCAAGAAUAUGGUGGAACUGACAACGAAGUUGCAAAGGGAUGCCUCGACAUUAAAAAAGGUGACCUGGUUGACAUCCAUCUAUCUUCCAGCAUCCUUCGUUUCGCAAUUCCUCAGCAUGGGGUACCUGACGGUGAAUUCCAAGGCUAGUCCAGCCUCACUAAGAUUCGCCUCGGAGAUGUGGAUAUUUGUUGUACUUACGCUCCUUCUUCUCGCCUUGACAUUUGGGGGCUGGCUAUUGCUUGACGGAACCGGUAAGAAGAUGUGGUGGCGCACUCACCAGAACCGAGUGCAUAGGAGGGUCACCGCAAGCAAUACAUUUGCCUGGAGGCGAUCAGUUGCCUUGUUGGUAACCCACGCAACGAAGUUCUCUCGUGACGAUCUGGAGGCAUACACGGGCGACAUGAAGCGCGACCAGAGCCGCUUCGAUCUUUUUGCAAGAAGGUUUGCAAGCAAUUUGCCAAAAUUCGCUGUUCCACACAUGGAAACAAAGAAUUUCCGCCAGUACCAUGCAGGCGUUGUACUACCAUUCAUCGGCGAGGAAGUAAUAGGGUUGAGAGAAGAUGAGGCUGGACAUUGGACUUCCGAGGGUGCGAACAGUAAAGUGUACGCCUUCAAAAUUCAUCGGGAGUAUUGCAAAUUCCGAGUGAGUAGCGAUGUCAUCCAAUUUAUGAUUGAAGCUUAUUGGGAUCAGGAUGUCAACCCCAGGCUUGAGCUCGUGAGGAAACAGAUAACAACACCGAGACCGCAAGCGUUCCUCGAACAAUCCAAUAUCGAACACGUUCAGCGGUUCAACGAUGGCCACAUUGUCAAGCUCAUUAAAGCUUACGGCCAUGGCCCAACGAUAAACCUCAUUUUCCCGAAAGCCUGGACGAACCUAGAUCAUUUGCUUCGCGACCACGUUUUCGGCUACGGCUACAAGAGGGAUGCGAUGUUAGAAAAGGCGAAUUCAUGGAGACAACUGCUUGGAAUUGCCAAGGCUCUCAAGAAGAUUCAUGGGUUCGCGGAUGGCGCCGAUAGCAGGGAAAAUACUGAUAACACCGAAAGAUUGUGCAUCCACUUCGAUCUCAAACCGGACGAUAUUCUCGUUGAGUCGGAAGAUGGCAACUGGAUCAUCACAGACUUCGGCCAAGCUGCGCUCACGCAGCGGCGAAGAGGAAAGACAACUCCCAGCGUGGAUGGCCAUUUUGGGACUGAUGCUUACGCUCCGCCCGAGAUCGAAGACUUGAAUAUGCACUUCGGCCGAGCAUAUGACAUAUGGUCGCUCGGGUGCAUAGUCCUUGAGGUGACCGCAUUCAUGGUACUUGGAUACGCUGGCUUGGUUGGAUCAAAUGACCAAUCAUAUAGGUUCUUUGGGCUGGACCAAGCGCGCCGUACGAUGCCUUCGUGGUCAAGAUACCAAGAUGAGAGGUUUUUCUGCCAGGAGACAGCAAAUGGGGACUAUGUAGUCAAGAAAGCGAUUCGAGACUUCAUCACGGGUCUCGAACAGUGGCAUGCAACAUCAACGAACAGCAGCGAAAAGAGCACAGCGUUUCUGAGAAGCAUCCUUGAUCUUGUUGAUCACAUGCUGAAGCCCAAUGCCAAGGAGAGACCAGACAUUUCCUGGGUUGUUCAGACGUUGUCCAGCGCUAUGAGCCAAGCACAAGCUGUUGCAAGGAUGCCUGGUUCGCAUGGGACAGUUAGAGAAGCAGAUGGGACAUUCCUUGGUAGCUCAGCGAUCAACAACAUAGAGGUUUUGCACUGGUCCGCUGCUGACAAUGAAUGGGAUAACUCCCGUCUCGAUGUGAUCGAAAAUGAGGCAGGAUACAUGCAACUCUAUUGCAGAGUACCAAGCCGCGGGGCCGUCAAUCUUUCCUUCCGGCGUAGCGAAGUCAAAAUUCUCCCGUUGUACGCAUUUUGGAAUCCCAAUAAAACGUAUACCACGAGGACCUGGCUCGAUUUCUCGUUUCUUAGCGCUGGCAAGCGAGCCGUGAUACCAAAUGCCAUGUUUGGAUUUGUCGGAGACUCCGGUCUUGCCGACGCACGAAUCGUUCAGUCCACUCUUACUUCUCAAGAUAUUGCGGGGAGUUAUGCUCUGAAGUAUCUUAGGGUGAGCAAACCGUCCUCAAUUAGCGGCCUCGUGAAAGGUAUGCUGCAGAAGAGCAAGGAAGAACUAACUCUCGAAUUCGGCACUGCAACCAUCCAAAUCUGGGUUGAGCAGGACAAUGGAGAAGCAACAAGAAACGCGGCUUGUCAGACCUCCACUGCGUUCGAGGGAAGCCGCAGUGCCCGGGCAGCACGUAUGAUUGAGAGAGACAAACAAAAUACCCCAACCUGUCGAAUUGCCAUAUACCUCCAUGAACAAGGCUUCAUUUGUACGAUAAGAAUUGACGUCAAUUGGGUGCUGAAUUUAAAUGAGAAGGACAGCAAAGUUUUGCUCUUCAGACCACAUCCCUCAGAGCGAAAACGGCCCUUCUAUGCCUCGUGGAUUCGUCCAACGAAAGAAGAGGCUGACGCAGGCUACGCUGCCGGUGUACCACUGAGUCCGAAGGUGCUCCAGUACUACGAAGACCAUGAUUGUUUCAAGGCCGAGGAGUUCGAGUUGCAGUUCCUGAGCGGCGCCGAGCGAGAAAAAUUUCGAACCAAAUUUCUUGGAGUCAAGCAAAAAUGGCACCAAUUGUACCAAGGUUCAGAGAGUACAGCCCCAGUCAACCGUAUGCCAGAUCGGGCUGUUCGUGUACCUUCAGACAUCGGAAGUCCGCCGAUGCCCAAGAACAAGGCUGAACUUCUACCAACCACGAGUCCACGAAAUUCAGUAGUCGAAGCCAUAUCAAUAUCCAGCGCGAGUAACACUAGUAGCACGCAAAACUCCACACACGAAGAGUCAAACUUCAUACCUGUAGAUACAGCAAAACUCAUGGUUCCGAUGGACAACAUCCAGCGACGAACCAAUGGCCGACGAAGAAAAAUGCCAGAUCAUAAUUAA